AUGACUGAAGUCAUCACCCUCGGAAUCGGCGGAGCCGGAGUCAGCGUCUGCCACAACCUGUGGGACUACUACAUCCAGGAGAGAGACAACAACCAGGAAUACGAGAAGUACAACCAAGCUGUCAACUUCCAUGAGGAUUCAGCAGGGAGUUAUGUCCCCAGAGGGCUCUUCAUUGAUACUGACCCAACUGGGACUGAUUUAGUGCAAGAGUCAGCCAUUCAGCACUGGUUCAAUGACGACCAUUAUUCAACAGGGAGUGAUGGAACUGGCACCAAUUAUGGAGAAGGAAGAUACACUUCUGGAAGAGAACAAAUUCCAGAGAUACAGGAUAAAUUGAGAAAGCAAGCUGAAUCUUGUGACUCUUCUCCAAUUAUUUUUAUCAUUGGAUCUACUUCUGGAGGAACAGGCAGUGGCCUUUCUGAUUUAAUUUGAGAAGAUCUUUACAGCGAAUUCAACAUUAUUAAAUACAAUAUUUAUCACCCUCCGACUUCGCUCAGCAUUCCUAAUGAAUGCUUCAACACCAUGUAUUCAACUAGAUUUUGUCAAGAAUAUGCAAGAUUCAGCGUAAAUGUGGAUAACGACCAAUGAGUAGAUAUUCUCAACAGAUUAGGAAUCUCUGAUCCGACCUAUGAUGACAUCAAUUCUUUACUAUCUUCAAAUAUUUCGAUGAUCACAUGCAUCAAUUUCUUGACUCCCAGCUUUGCUCCUUGGGAGGUUAUUCCUAAGGUGCCCAAUCAAUUCCCAACUUUGAACGAAAUCACAGAGGACUUAUUUAGAUGCUCGAAUUCUCUAAUAACAACGAGUCAACAAGAAGAUCAAAUAAUCGCUGCAAACAUAAGUAAGAAAGUAGACCUCACCGAUAGCCUGCUUUGGAGAUGUUCACCAGGAAGACCUCAUCAGUUAGCUCUUGUUUCAUCAUCAAUAGGCUCAAUUGAACACUCCCAGAAGUCAGACCUCAACACCUUCUGCGACUUCACUAAUACAGCAAUGGAGGUUAAUAAAACUGAGCUGGGGGAAGGCUGCACUAGAUUUAGUGACAAGGUAACUGAUACACUCUACAACAUGAAGAGAAGUGCUUGCAUGCUCCUGAACUCUGGAAAAACAGCAGAGGUCCUUGAAAGGGUCGCUACAGCAUUUGACAAACUUUGUAGACCAAGAGCCUACUUCCACACAUACUUAGGAUUAGGCUUUGGUGAAGGAGAAUUCACUGAAAACAGAGAAUUCUUUGCAUGAAUGCUUCAGGAUUACUUUGAACUGAGUGCAAAGUAUCAACCUCCUGAGUUCAUUGAAGAGUAA